GCUCCGCAGUAACGCUCUUGCUCUCGUGCAGUACACAACUAUUCGUGGACGGUGUUGUUUGUUGCUUUGUGACACGCAACGCGCGUUGUCCCGCGUUCGUGUCCUCUCUCUCUCUUUUCCUCUCUUCUGUCUGUUUCUUUGGUGUGGAUCGCGCGCACGGUGACUCGAGUGUUCAGUGAUCGUCUCGCGAUAUGUACAUAGUUCAUUCGAACUGCGUUCAUCUUUCUCGUAUUAUUUAUCUCUCUCUGGUUUUUUGCAUUGAGAAGUAACUGAGAGAGUAUUGCAGUCUAUACGUUAUCGGAUAGAGUCUGUUGGCCGCAAGUUUGAUUCGUUUUCGGAAUCGACGCAAUAGAAGAAUCGGAGCUCUCCUAGUGUAAAAGGAACAUAAAACGACUGGACUCGAGAGCGUGACGGACUAUGCUGAAACACGGCCAUCCAGUUGGGAAGCAGCGUGGUCGCGCGGGCUUGAUGUUUGGGUCGCCUAGCGGCGACUGAGUUCGGAAUGCUAAAAGUUCCCGCGGGAGUCGGCGGAGAGUGUUUGCAGAAGGAGAAGAAGGCCGGCAGGAUGGGCGGGAGACGAGGUGUGCUGGUCCGCGACGUAGGUGCGCACCGCGACGCCGACGACGUGACGGCCACGUGCCCCCGCAGUUACCUCGCUGGUUGUCGCCACUAACUGCUGCUCUAGCGUAUAGUCGUUGAUCGUAGAUAGUUGGUCGAGCGAAACGGUGAUCGUACGACCAUAUUUUGCACACCGCGUCGUAAAAACAAGGUGUAUAGUCGAGUGUGUGAUUUUCGUCGAUAGAUGGAGUAUAGAGUGUAUUACCGGUGAUUUUUCCCGUUUCGUAUUUCGUAUCAAGUGCACUGUGACUUCGCUGAUCGUUUUUGGUGUUUCGUUCAGCCGCCAUUGGAGAUAUUCGUUCAUAGGAUUCGAAGUUGUGAAGCUGUUGGAUACUUUAGUGUGACAGACGCGAACAGGUGGUAUACGCAUUGUUCCUCAACUCGAAGUCGAAUCGUUCUAAUAGAUAAUCGAACAUCCCGCCGGUGAAAGGAGUGAGGACGCAUUGAGCGCUGAUGAACUGGAUGUCACGGGGCGUUAAUUCGUUGUCCCGCGUGAACCCAAGGUAUCAAGAAACUUGAAACUUGAUACACGAGGUGUCGUCCCUUCCGUCCCAGCCGCGUGCACCGAGUUCUACUUUUUCGAAACAUACCGCGAAGUGUUGUGAUUCCUCGCAGUGAUUGUUCGCCGUGAUUGAUGAUAUUCUAACUGGGAUCCUUCUUAGAGGUCGAACCAAACGUUACGAAUUUGAAUCUUUUACUGCUUCAAACUAUUUGUCAAGAAAUUACGGCCAAAACAUUGUUUCUACGGUGAAAACAUAUUCUAGAAACAGUGUCUUUAAACGUGUAAGUGAUAAAUAAAUAACAGCGAAUUGGAGUUUCAUCGAAGGACAUCGAGGGACGCAAUAGGUUCUGGAUAUAAACAGGAAAAUAGUGCCUCUAAACUGAGCUAAAAGCGAAAUUCGAUUAACAAGAGAUUUGGCAUCGUGGAAGCUAGAUAGAUUUCUGAUCGAGCAUCGAGAGAUUCCCGCGCUCGUACCCCAGUCAUCAGGCCGACGGGAGUUCGAGGAGAGGGUGAAGGGCGUCGUGGAGGGGGGAGUGAUGCCGGUGAGGGUGGCACAGCGCCCCCCAGGUGGAAUACCACUACACGCCGGCGUGCCGGUAGCGCCCAGCAGCGUAACCGCCUCCGGUCCGUCGGGCCGGUGCCUCGGGGGCCCGGCAGCGCCCCCCGCCGGCUCGCCACCGCUGCCGCCCUCCUUGCAAUCGCUUGGCGGCGGUGUGAGCAACAACGCCAGCAACACUGUUGGUGCUGCCAGCAACGGCUCCAGCAACGGUAACGCCGGCCUUCAGAACACCGGCAACAAUAAUAACAAUAUAGUCGGGAACAACAACGCCGGUCAAAGUAUCGCCGGCACCGGCCUAGGAGGCGUCAGCACUACAAGCGGCGCCACGAAUCCCUUGCAGGCGAUGGCGUCGGCGGCGGCCUCGCUAACCCAGUUGAACAACAUGGCGAAUGGCCCGCUGCCGCCGCUAGCGGCCACCGGACCUACCGGACCGCCUAGUUUACCGCCUCCACAGCCGGCCACUACGCCGACUCAUGGGGGUCCACCGACGCCGCACGCUGGUGUCACCGGUGGACCCCAUCUUAAUGGAGCUUCUCCUAGCCCUCACCCGAUGCCACCUCACGGAAUGAUGAGUGGAUCGCCUCAUGCGCCUCACCCACAUAUGGGUGGCGGCGGACCCUCACCUCAUCCUCACCAUCCCGGACCUCACAUGGUUGGUUCGCCACACCAUCCUGGCCCACAUCCCAUGGGUCCCGCUGCUAGCAUGAUCGGAGCCAGUAUGCAGCCUCAAGGUGGCCCUGGGAUGUGUGGCCCUGGACCCACCGGUCCCAUGGGACCACACGCUCAUCCGCAAGGACCUGGAGUACCCGGACAGCCUCACAUGCACAACGACCCUUUUUACUGCUCGCCUUUUGGAUCGCAUUACUUCAGAUCGUUGCCUGUCCCCAGGAGGCAUACUCCGUACUUUGGCCAGCCGGACUACAGGCUCUACGAAUUGAACAAGAGGUUACAGCAGCGUACAGAGGAGAGCGACAAUCUCUGGUGGGACGCAUUCGCGACUGAAUUCUUCGAGGACGACGCAACCUUAACCCUCACGUUUUGCUUGGAGGACGGUCCCAAGAGAUACACGAUAGGUAGGACGUUAAUACCUAGGUACUUCCGUUCGAUAUUCGAGGGCGGAGUAACGGAACUUUACUACAAUUUGAAACACCCGAAGGAGUCAUUUCACAACACCAGCAUAACCCUCGACUGUGAUAACUGCGUUAUGGUAACGCAUCACGGAAAACCAAUGUUCACGAAGGUAUGUACGGAGGGCAGAUUAAUAUUGGAAUUCACGUUUGACGACCUUAUGAGGAUAAAGUCGUGGCACAUGUCGGUGAGAACGCACAAGGAACUCGUGCCUAGGACUGUGGUCGGUAUGCAACAGGAUCCGACGAUGCUCGAACAGCUUAGCAAGAACAUCACCAGGCAGGGCAUCACCAAUUCCACCCUGAAUUACCUUAGGUUAUGUGUGAUCUUGGAGCCGAUGCAAGAGCUGAUGUCGAGGCACAAGGCGUACGCGUUGUCACCACGGGACUGCUUGAAGACGACCUUGUUCCAGAAAUGGCAGAGGACGUUUGCCCCGCCGGGUAAGAGAGAGUCGCAGAGGCCGGCCAGUAAACGGAGAAAGCGAAAGGGUAGCACACCAGGGCCAGGAAAUAACGCACCGCCUGCGCCCAGCAAAAAGAGAUCGCCGGGACCUAAUUUUUCUCUUGCGUCACAGGACGUGAUGGUUGUGGGUGAACCGUCGCUGAUGGGAGGGGACUUUGGCGAGGAGGACGAACGAGUAAUCACGAGGUUGGAGAACACGCAGUACGACGCUACGAACAGUUUGGACCCUCAUAGUCACGACACGCCGGGUGGGCCACCUCCGCAUCCUCAUCAAUUCCAUUCGGAACCGACCCCGGGUAAUUCUUGGCCUCCGGAUCGCGGUCCUGGACCGCCACAAGGAGGACCCGGUAGUCAGGGAGUUCAAGGCGGACAAGGCGGAGGAGCAGCAGGUGUACAGGGAACGCAGGAUGCCAAUCAGCAGCAACAAGACAAGAAAAGCCCCGCGGUGAGCCAGUGAGGCCAGGAGUCCCCGCGCCCCCCCACCAGGGGGCGACGGGGGCGCAGGCCCAAGAACAUGGCUCCCUAGCGGGGCGAGAACCCUAGCCUCCCCGGCGCCUACUUAGCCUCGUCUAGCUGUUCGGCCAGCAGGCUGUCGCACGUUGGCGUACAUCCGCUGGCCUGUCAUCAGGCUGGGCUGUCCGGGCAUCAUACGGAGCAGCAGGUGCAACUAAG